GGCCCCGCAGCGUGCCGCGCGCCCUCCGCCUCCGCCCCUUCCCUUCCCUGGCCUUCGUGGCCCUGUCUCGUGCCGCGCGCCUGUCACUGUCCUCUGUCAGAGGCCUGAGAGGAUGCGGCAGAGGAAAUUGAGGCUAAGGGACUGGGCCCAAGGACGGCGAGCUGUGGCCGCCUGUGGAAGCCGGUCUUGGAGUGCUGUUCGUGGAUUUACCAGACCGAAUGGUUUAAGGGUGAACAGGUUACGUUUUAUUCAGAUGCUUCUGGAACGUCGAAAUUGUCUUCUUUGGAAAGAACCAUCCCCUCUUUGGGCUUCAGAGGCCCAGAUUGAGGCGCACAAUGAUGGGAGGAUGUGGUGGUCCACUCUGAUGUCAAUCUUGAGGGCUAGUUCUUUUUGGAAGUGGAUAUCUGCUCAGACAGUAAGAAUUAUAAGAGCUCUGAGAGCUCAUUUUGAAGGAAUAAUGGAUGAACCGUCCCCCUUGGCCAAACCUCUGGAGCUGAACCAGCACUCCCGAUUCAUAAUUGGUUCUGUGUGUGAAGAUAACUCAGAGGAUGAGCUAGGCAACCUGGUGAAGCUGGACCUACUGGAGGAGAAGGAGGGAUCUCUGUCACCAGCUUCUGUCAGCUCAGAUACACUCUCUGAUUUGGGGAUCUCUAGCCUACAGGAUGGCUUGGCCUUACACGUGAGGUCCAGUAUGUCUGGCUUGCACCUAGUAAAGCAAGGUCGAGACCGAAAGAAAAUAGACUCACAGCGAGAUUUCACUGUAGCUUCUCCCGCAGAAUUUGUUACUCGUUUUGGGGGGAAUAAAGUGAUUGAAAAGGUUCUUAUUGCCAACAAUGGCAUUGCAGCAGUGAAAUGUAUGCGAUCUAUUCGUCGAUGGUCUUAUGAGAUGUUUCGAAAUGAACGUGCAAUCCGAUUUGUUGUCAUGGUCACACCUGAAGACCUUAAAGCCAAUGCAGAGUACAUUAAGAUGGCAGAUCACUAUGUGCCAGUGCCAGGAGGACCAAACAACAACAACUAUGCAAAUGUGGAAUUAAUUGUUGAUAUUGCUAAAAGGAUCCCAGUACAAGCUGUGUGGGCUGGCUGGGGUCAUGCUUCUGAGAAUCCCAAGCUCCCAGAACUGCUUUUGAAAAAUGGCAUCGCUUUCAUGGGUCCACCAAGCCAGGCCAUGUGGGCUUUGGGGGAUAAGAUUGCAUCUUCCAUAGUGGCUCAAACUGCAGGUAUCCCAACUCUUCCCUGGAAUGGCAGUGGUCUUCGUGUGGACUGGCAGGAAAAUGAUUUUUCAAAACAUAUCUUAAGUGUUCCCCAGGAACUAUAUGAAAAAGGUUAUGUGAAGGAUGUGGAUGAUGGGCUAAAGGCAGCAGAGGAAGUUGGAUAUCCAGUAAUGAUCAAAGCCUCAGAAGGAGGAGGAGGAAAGGGAAUCCGAAAAGUCAACAGUGCGGAUGACUUUCCUAACCUCUUCAGACAGGUUCAAGCUGAAGUCCCCGGCUCGCCUAUAUUUGUGAUGAGACUAGCCAAACAGUCCCGUCACCUGGAGGUGCAGAUCUUAGCAGAUCAGUACGGCAAUGCUAUCUCUUUGUUUGGUCGUGAUUGCUCUGUACAGCGCAGGCAUCAGAAGAUUAUUGAGGAGGCACCUGCUGCUAUCGCUACUCCAGCAGUAUUUGAACAUAUGGAACAGUGUGCGGUGAAACUUGCCAAAAUGGUUGGCUAUGUGAGCGCAGGAACUGUAGAAUACCUCUACAGCCAGGAUGGCAGCUUCUUCUUUCUGGAACUGAACCCUCGGCUCCAGGUGGAGCACCCGUGCACAGAGAUGGUGGCUGAUGUGAACCUCCCUGCAGCACAACUCCAGAUUGCCAUGGGGAUCCCUCUGUACAGAAUCAAGGAUAUCCGUAUGAUGUAUGGGGUAUCUCCCUGGGGCGAUGCUCCCAUUGAUUUUGAAAAUUCUGCUCACGUUCCUUGCCCAAGGGGCCAUGUUAUUGCUGCUCGGAUCACUAGUGAAAAUCCAGAUGAGGGUUUUAAGCCCAGCUCAGGAACAGUUCAGGAACUGAAUUUCCGCAGCAAUAAGAAUGUUUGGGGUUAUUUCAGUGUUGCUGCUGCAGGGGGACUUCAUGAAUUUGCUGAUUCUCAGUUCGGUCACUGCUUUUCCUGGGGAGAAAACAGAGAAGAAGCAAUUUCAAACAUGGUGGUGGCUUUGAAGGAGCUAUCUAUUCGGGGUGACUUUCGAACUACAGUUGAAUACCUGAUCAAAUUGUUGGAGACUGAAAGCUUUCAGUUGAAUAGAAUUGACACUGGCUGGCUGGACAGACUGAUCGCAGAAAAAGUACAGGCAGAGCGACCUGACACUAUGUUGGGAGUUGUGUGUGGGGCUCUCCAUGUGGCUGAUGUGAGCCUGCGGAAUAGCAUCUCUAACUUCCUUCACUCCUUAGAGAGGGGUCAAGUCCUUCCUGCUCAUACACUUCUGAAUACAGUAGAUGUUGAACUUAUCUACGAGGGAGUCAAGUAUGUACUAAAGGUGACUCGACAAUCCCCUAACUCCUAUGUGGUGAUCAUGAACGGCUCAUGUGUAGAAGUAGAUGUGCAUCGGCUGAGUGACGGAGGGCUGCUCUUGUCCUAUGAUGGCAGCAGUUACACCACGUACAUGAAGGAGGAAGUGGAUAGAUAUCGUAUCACAAUUGGCAAUAAAACCUGUGUGUUUGAGAAAGAGAAUGACCCUUCUGUGAUGCGCUCACCUUCUGCUGGGAAGUUAAUCCAGUACAUUGUGGAGGAUGGAGGCCAUGUGUUUUCUGGCCAGUGCUAUGCUGAGAUUGAGGUAAUGAAGAUGGUAAUGACCUUAACAGCUAUGGAGUCUGGCUGUAUUCAUUAUGUCAAGAGGCCUGGAGCCGCUCUUGACCCGGGCUGUGUAAUAGCCAAAAUGCAGUUGGACAACCCCAGCAAGGUCCAGCAGGCUGAGCUUCAUACGGGUAGUCUGCCACAGAUCCAGAGCACAGCACUCAGAGGCGAGAAGCUCCAUCGAGUGUUCCACUAUGUCCUGGAUAAUCUGGUCAACGUAAUGAAUGGAUACUGCCUUCCAGAUCCUUUCUUUAGCAGCAGGGUAAAGGACUGGGUAGAGCGGUUGAUGAAGACCCUCAGAGAUCCCUCCUUACCUCUUCUAGAAUUGCAAGAUAUCAUGACCAGUGUCUCUGGCCGCAUCCCCCCCAAUGUGGAAAAGUCUAUCAAGAAGGAAAUGGCUCAGUACGCUAGCAACAUCACAUCAGUCCUGUGUCAGUUUCCCAGCCAGCAGAUCGCCAACAUCCUAGAUAGCCAUGCAGCGACAUUGAACCGGAAAUCUGAACGGGAAGUCUUCUUCAUGAACACUCAGAGCAUUGUCCAGCUGGUACAGAGGUACCGAAGUGGCAUCCGAGGCCACAUGAAGGCUGUGGUGAUGGACCUGCUACGGCAGUACCUGCGAGUAGAGACACAGUUCCAGAACGGUCAUUAUGACAAAUGUGUGUUCGCCCUUCGGGAGGAGAACAAGAGUGACAUGAACGCGGUACUGAACUAUAUCUUUUCUCACGCUCAAGUCACCAAGAAGAAUCUUCUGGUCACAAUGCUUAUUGAUCAGUUGUGUGGCCGGGACCCUACACUCACAGAUGAGCUGCUGAAUAUCCUCACAGAGCUCACUCAGCUCAGUAAGACCACCAAUGCUAAAGUGGCACUUCGAGCACGCCAGGUUCUUAUUGCCUCCCAUUUGCCAUCAUAUGAGCUUCGCCAUAACCAAGUAGAGUCUAUCUUCCUAUCAGCUAUUGACAUGUACGGACAUCAGUUUUGCAUUGAGAACCUGCAGAAACUCAUCUUGUCCGAAACAUCUAUUUUUGAUGUCCUACCAAACUUCUUCUAUCACAGCAACCAGGUAGUGAGGAUGGCAGCUCUGGAGGUGUAUGUUCGAAGGGCUUAUAUUGCCUAUGAACUUAACAGUGUACAACACCGCCAGCUUAAGGACAAUACUUGCGUGGUGGAAUUCCAGUUCAUGUUGCCCACAUCUCAUCCAAACAGGGGGAACAUCCCCACGCUAAACAGAAUGUCCUUCUCCUCCAACCUCAACCACUAUGGCAUGACUCAUGUAGCUAGUGUCAGCGACGUGCUAUUGGACAACUCAUUCACUCCACCGUGUCAGCGAAUGGGCGGAAUGGUUUCUUUUCGAACUUUUGAAGAUUUUGUCAGGAUCUUUGAUGAAGUGAUGGGCUGCUUCUGUGAUUCCCCACCCCAAAGCCCCACAUUCCCCGAGGCAGGUCACACGUCUUUAUAUGAUGAAGACAAGGUCCCCAGGGAUGAACCAAUUCACAUUCUGAAUGUGGCUAUCAAGACUGACGGAGAUAUUGAGGAUGACAGGCUGGCAGCCAUGUUCAGAGAGUUUACCCAGGAAAACAAAGCUACCCUGGUUGAGCAUGGAAUCCGGCGCCUUACUUUCCUGGUUGCACAAAAGGAUUUCAGAAAACAGAUCAGCUAUGAGGUGGAUCAGAGAUUUCAUAGAGAAUUCCCUAAAUUUUUCACGUUCCGAGCAAGGGAUAAGUUUGAGGAGGAUCGUAUCUAUCGUCACUUGGAGCCUGCCCUUGCUUUCCAGUUAGAACUGAACCGGAUGAGAAAUUUUGACCUUACUGCCAUUCCAUGUGCCAAUCACAAGAUGCACCUGUAUCUUGGGGCAGCCAAGGUGGAAGUGGGCACAGAAGUGACAGACUACAGGUUCUUUGUCCGUGCAAUCAUCAGACAUUCUGAUCUGGUCACCAAGGAAGCUUCUUUUGAAUACCUGCAAAAUGAAGGGGAGCGGCUGCUCCUGGAAGCCAUGGACGAGCUGGAAGUCGCUUUUAACAAUACAAAUGUCCGUACUGACUGCAACCACAUCUUCCUCAAUUUUGUCCCCACAGUCAUCAUGGACCCAUCAAAGAUUGAGGAAUCUGUGCGGAGCAUGGUGAUGCGCUAUGGGAGUCGGCUGUGGAAAUUACGCGUCCUCCAGGCAGAACUGAAAAUCAACAUUCGGCUGACACCAACUGGAAAAGCAAUUCCCAUCCGCCUCUUCCUGACAAACGAGUCUGGCUAUUACUUGGACAUCAGCCUGUACAAGGAAGUGACUGACUCCAGGACAGCACAGAUCAUGUUUCAGGCAUAUGGAGACAAACAGGGACCAUUGCAUGGAAUGUUAAUCAACACUCCAUAUGUGACCAAAGAUCUGCUUCAAUCAAAGAGGUUCCAGGCACAGUCCUUAGGGACAACAUACAUAUACGAUAUCCCAGAGAUGUUUCGACAGUCCCUGAUCAAACUCUGGGAGUCUAUGUCCACUCAAGCAUUCCUGCCACCACCCCCUCUGCCUUCUGACAUGCUGACGUAUACCGAGCUUGUGUUGGAUGAUCAAGGUCAACUGGUCCACAUGAACAGGCUUCCAGGAGGAAAUGAGAUUGGCAUGGUAGCUUGGAAAAUGACCCUUAAGAGUCCCGAAUAUCCAGACGGCCGAGAUAUCAUUGUUAUUGGCAAUGACAUCACCUACAGAAUUGGGUCCUUUGGGCCCCAAGAGGACUUGCUGUUUCUCAGAGCUUCUGAGCUUGCCAGGGCAGAGGGUAUCCCACGCAUCUAUGUAGCAGCCAACAGUGGAGCAAGAAUUGGACUGGCAGAGGAAAUCCGUCAUAUGUUUCACGUGGCCUGGAUAGAUGCUGAGGAUCCUUACAAGGGAUACAAAUAUUUAUAUCUGACCCCUCAAGAUUAUAAGAGAGUCAGUGCUCUUAACUCUGUUCAUUGUGAACAUGUGGAGGAUGAAGGAGAAUCCAGGUACAAGAUAACUGAUAUUAUUGGGAAGGAAGAGGGACUUGGAGCAGAGAACCUUCGAUGUUCUGGAAUGAUUGCUGGAGAAUCCUCGUUGGCCUAUGAUGAAAUCAUCACCAUUAGCCUGGUUACAUGUCGCGCCAUUGGAAUUGGGGCUUACCUUGUCCGGCUGGGACAGAGAACCAUCCAGGUUGAAAAUUCUCACAUAAUUCUGACAGGAGCCGGGGCCCUCAACAAAGUCCUCGGGCGGGAAGUGUACACCUCCAAUAACCAGCUGGGGGGCAUCCAGAUAAUGCACAACAAUGGGGUGACUCACAGCACCGUUUGUGAUGACUUUGAAGGGGUUUUCACUAUCCUGCACUGGCUGUCUUACAUGCCUAAGAAUGUAAACAGUUCAGUGCCCAUCCUGAACUCCAAGGAUCCUAUAGAUAGAAUCAUCGAGUUUGUUCCCACAAAGGCCCCGUAUGAUCCUCGAUGGAUGCUCGCAGGCCGUCCUCACCCAACCCAGAAAGGUCAGUGGUUGAGUGGAUUUUUCGACUAUGGGUCUUUCUCAGAAAUCAUGCAACCCUGGGCACAGACUGUGGUGGUUGGCAGAGCCAGGCUAGGAGGAAUACCUGUGGGAGUAGUUGCUGUAGAAACCCGAACAGUAGAACUAAGUACCCCAGCUGAUCCUGCAAACCUGGAUUCUGAAGCCAAGAUCAUCCAGCAGGCUGGCCAGGUUUGGUUCCCAGACUCUGCGUUUAAGACCUUUCAGGCCAUCAAGGACUUCAAACGGGAAGGGCUGCCUCUGAUGGUCUUUGCUAACUGGAGAGGCUUCUCUGGUGGGAUGAAAGAUAUGUAUGACCAGGUGCUGAAGUUUGGUGCUUACAUUGUGGAUGGCCUACGGGAAUGCUCUCAGCCUGUGAUGGUUUACAUUCCUCCCCAAGCCGAGCUGCGGGGUGGCUCAUGGGUCGUGAUUGAUCCCACCAUCAACCCCCGGCACAUGGAGAUGUAUGCUGACCGAGAAAGCAGGGGAUCAAUUCUGGAGCCAGAAGGGACAGUAGAAAUCAAAUUCCGCAAAAAGGAUCUGGUGAAAACCAUGCGGCGGGUGGACCCGGUCUACAUCUACUUGGCUGAGCGAUUGGGCACCCCAGAGCUAAGUGCCGCUGAGCGGAAGGAGCUGGAGAACAAGUUGAAGGAGCGGGAGGAAUUCCUAAUUCCCAUUUACCAUCAGGUAGCCGUGCAGUUUGCAGACUUGCACGACACACCAGGCCGGAUGCAGGAGAAGGGUGUUAUUAACGACAUCCUGGACUGGAAAACAUCCCGUACCUUCUUCUACUGGCGACUGAGGCGUCUCCUGCUGGAGGACCUGGUCAAGAAGAAAAUCCACAAUGCCAACCCCGAGCUGACUGACGGCCAGAUCCAGGCCAUGUUGAGGCGCUGGUUUGUGGAAGUGGAAGGAACGGUGAAGGCCUACGUUUGGGACAAUAACAAGGAUCUGGUGGAAUGGCUGGAGAAGCAGCUGACGGAGGAAGAUGGCGUCCGCUCAGUCAUAGAGGAAAACAUCAAAUACAUCAGCCGAGACUACGUCCUCAAGCAGAUCCGCAGCUUGGUACAGGCCAAUCCAGAGGUUGCCAUGGAUUCCAUCGUCUACAUGACCCAGCACAUCUCACCCACUCAGCGAGCGGAAGUCGUUCAGAUCCUGUCCAAAAUGGACUCCCCUUCAACGUAGGAAGAGCUUCCUGCCAUCCCUGGCCUGCCUCUGGAGCAAAGGGCUAGAGAGCUGCCUUUUCAUGAGCAGGCACAGGAGACCCAGCACUGGAAUCAAAGUGACAUUUUGCUUUCCCUCGAAUGUUUUCAGGUUAUGCAUGACAUACUGGGACACAGGGUCACAAAGCCCCUGCUCCAGCCCACUGGUCACACCGACCCCACUCAGUAUUUAUUACCUAGGCUGUGACAACAGUACUGUCUCCCUGCACAGACCUGAGAAGGCAAUGAAGGGUACAGCACGUACCAUGAGGUCUUACUACACAAAAGCGGGGCUGCCCCUCCUGUCCUGCCAGCCCCCCGGUCCCAGCCUGGGACAGCGAGCGGCCCUCCCUCAGCCCUGGCCCCAUGAGCUGCAGCCACAGCCAGCAGAGGAGGGCUGGGGCCGAGGCCACAAGCCCAGCACCAGGUCUACGGAGAAGAGGACGCCUCAAGUCCGUUAUUUCUUUACCCCCACAUUCAGCCCAGUCUACACUGGGCACUGGCGAUGAACCAUUCUCAGUUUAAUCACACCAAGGUACCUAGUUAUGAAGAAAAAUUAGAGCAUGAAAUCUGCAAGUUCCAUGGGAAUGCAAAGAUGAGGGCAAAACCAUGAUCCAAGAAGCAAAGAAAAUAGACCAAGUCACUGUUGUGCAUUUAGGGGCCUCAACCUUGAGUUCAGUUCUCUUAGAACAAACAGAAAGAUGGUGACCUACCACUCCCCUGCACGUCUGUGCUCCACUAGCUAUUGCCCCGGUAGGAGCUGCAAGGCCAGCGUAGGGGAGCCCCCUCUCGCCCCCCCGCCUUCUCCCAGGGGUGAGGAGAAGCCAGGGGCACUGCCCCCUCUGGAGGUACGUGUCCCAGGGAGAGUGGGCCGGGUAGUCUCUCUCUGGGAUUUGGGAGGGCGUCCUGUGAAGGCUGGAGCUUUGACAGUUAGAGAGGCUAACGGCGCCUUUAGAGUCUCUCGUCUCCAUCUCCAGGGCAACUCUCCUAGCAGCUGGCAGUCCUGCUCCCUUUGGGUCUGGCCGCUUCCUGGAAUGUACACAGGCAACAGGUGCAACACGUCUCCCCACAGCUGCUGAAAGGAGCCCUGGUGACAGCCAUGCUCUCGGCACCAGGAACUGACCUUCCCGGUGUGGGGAGGCUUCCGGGAACACAGGGUCCACAUGACCUUAAGAUAAUCCACAACCCCGUCAUGGUGCUGCUGUCUUCCCGGCUCACUCGUCCCGUUCCCCCCACCCCGGCCAGCGGCAGGCUCCUCACGGGUGGUGGAGCGCGUUUAUUUUCAACAACAGGGAGUACUGGCUCCCCCACUGGUAUUCCUAACGCAAGAGUGGCAGGUGAUCAGGGCUGGUGUGGCAUCCGAUUCCUCGGUGCAGCUAACUGCAUUUGUCACUGAUGACCAGGAGGAAAUCACUGACCUUCUAGAAGCAGUGGUAUGAAUACUUUUGUACAAGCUACAGUUUUGAGCCUUAACCUUCUAGUUCACACAAAGAGCUCUACUUCCGCUUUGUGGGGAGCUGUGCAGAUGGGUACUAUGUGGCUGGGUACGUCACCGACUGCCCCCAGGAGCUCAGAGCCUCAGCCAGGCUGCCCUGGUGCAACAUACAGGGGUUUGGCACCCUCAAAGCAGGGUGGGGAAAAGUGGGGAACUAUUUUCAGUCUAGGAGGAAGCAUCCACUGUUCCUAGUAUCUGCUUACCCACUAAUAAGAAUCAAAUUCAUCUUUGACCAACUUACUCCUCUACACUUUUCAGUGGAAUGUGGAAUGAGUAAAAUUCCACACCCCGACAGCUGGUAUUAAGUCCCGCACUCUCCAGUGGGGCUGCCCUGGUCUGCGCUUGCCCUGGCAUUUCUUCCGAGGCACGUGGCUUACGCUCGUUGACCUCUCCCCGUCAACCAAAUUAUGACACAUUCAGUGAAUCCGUCUCCUCUCAGAACCCUGUAACGCCUAUUGCCCCCUCCCCAGAGCGCCUCCCUGUAGGCCUUACCCUGCACAGGGAUUCUCACAUGGAGAAGACAGAAAGGCACGGAACGUGAGCGAUCUGAUAUUCCCACAGCCCAUUACACAUGCAAGGUUACUGAGGCAGGAGGAGGAUACGUGAUGUAUUGACCGAGACUUGCUUGAGCUGAGAUCCCCACAUUGUCUGUUCAUCUCGUUCAUAAAGCAGCCUUCACUUGUCUCAUUGAGAAUUCGAUGGACAUAUACGCUGAUGAGCAAGGAGCUUCAGUCAAACGUCUCCUUUUCACAUUUUGUUGAAAUAAACCCCACAUUUGUAGAAGAGUCACUGUUUGUCAUCUCAGCCCAUGCCCAGCCACUCUUUGUUCCCACUCAGCAGGGGAGCUUUCAGCACCGGUGGGGUGAGCCCCUGCUCCCUGCUGGAAGGGGAACCAUUGUAAUGACACGGUGGCACACAUUGCUUCUGCAAAGUGACAGCUUUCAGAGACCUGACGACUGUUUGGAUACACACACCCUUGGUGGCCCAGUCAGUUUCAGGGGUGUUCUUAAAGUGAACACGAGGAUUUCAGCCUCUUGGUUUGCAUGAUUUUUGUGGCAUUUUCUGGGUCAAAUGAAUAGUGAACCAUUUUCAGAGAUCACCUCAGGUACCUCUUAAUAAUUUAGCUACUACGUGGCUUUUGAACGCUAACUUUGGGCACCAGGGGCAGGAAACUCAUGAGUGUGUGCCUUCAACCCUCUGCCUCAGUUUCUCCCUAUGAAUCCAUGUGGUUGUAGCAAGAACAAACACUAGUCCCUAAACAUUUUGCAAAGGUAGAGGCAACAAGAGAGCUGGGCGGGAAGCACUAGCCUUGCUGAUUACUGACUCAGUGCUGUGUCUGGGCCUCUCUGGGAUGUAUGGCAAAGGGUGGCUUUUUCUAAAAUGAAAAAUGUCAAUAUAUACCAUAUCAGUUUGAAUCACCCUAAGCUACAUGUUCUAGGAAGGGGGUCAGAAGAGGAAGUUUGCUCCUCUGUGCCUCCAACUACCGCUCUCCAUGGGCAGGGAACCCUGGUCAGCACACAGGCCUCGGGCCUUCUUCCCUCCUCCCUAAGCAGCCAGAUGAGAACCAGACCCCAAGGCUGGGACUUGGAGCUGUCCCUACUCUCAGCCAGGGAAGGUCAGCAAGAUGAACGGGAAAAGACUCUGCUUCUGCCGCUGCGAACUUGCCUGACAAAUACAGUGCUUUCUCCCGUUGGGGAGUGGUAUUUCCUUCAUCCGUCUUUUUAGUAAAAGAAAAUUUUAAACUUCCAUUGAUAUUAUUUUGGGGUAAUAAAGAAAAAAUUGAACACCGAGGGUUCUGAGAUUUAGUCCUGGGCCCACCUGUAUUUCCCCAACUGAAAAACAAUAACAGUGACGAAUGCAAGUGCCUAAUAACCGUCACCGGGAGGACCGACCCUUCCUGCACUCCUUGCGGUGCCAGGCUGUGGGGAGGUAAGCCGUCACUGAAAUGCUGGCUCCUCGGCUGGCACAAGAAGGGUACAGGCUGGGCCUGGCCUGAUCCACACUGAGCCAUGUGUGAGUGGUCCAGACAAGGGCUGAAGUCUAUGGCAGAGACAGCCUCCCAGCUGGGAGAGUAGGGCAGGGUGUCCCGAAGUUAGGGCACCAGCAUUUGCAAAGUUAUUCAAGAGACACUAGGAAUGUUGGGUACAAGCACAGCAAUCAUUUGGGGGAAGAGGGACAAUGAAAUCUGAAAAAGCAAGUAGGCACCACUGUGAAGAUUUUUAAUUGCUAGGACAAGGAACGAGGUAUGUCCUGGAGAGAGUGGGACACUUUUGAUGGCUUGGGGACAUGGGAAGACUGGAUAUAAAGAUUUAGAAAGCAGCCUAAUUGAGUGAAAAGAACACAGCUUUGGGUAGCAAGAAAGCUAGCUCCAAGCUCAGCUUCGUGCGUGUAUGUCCCCGAGCUGGAGGGGUCACCCAGGAUAGUAAGCCCAGGCCACCCCAAGACGCACAGAAAUAAUGGGUGACUAUCGGCUAUUUUCAAUACCCCAGAAGUCCUGCAUGUGCCUGAGUCAGGGAGCAAAGGCUCACCAGGCCACUGUCUGUCUGAUGACUGUUUUACCAACCCAGGAAGGAGCCCUGGCCACCUCAUGCUGGCUGGAAACUUCCAACGGGCAGUUAUUGGGAACAGGACAUCUUCAGAAGGCCAGUAUUUUGAAAAGCAAAGUCUUCCAAAACAUGGCAUUCCCAGUGGUUGGCAGAGGGGCAGAGUGAUAAUGGAGCCUUAGCUCUGAGAGGACUUGGCUCCACCCAGUGGGCUCCGCCCAUUAGGAACUAUAACGAGAUGAGAGAGACUCUAGCUCAGGGCUGGGGGGCAGAGCGGGGGUGUUGAAUGAUCAGCUAAUUCCCAAACGUGAUCCUAUGACUGGCCUUCUGGAGUUAGCAGGAAGGAUUGGGGGUGAGGAGAGACAAGGUGUGCUGACAGCAUUCUUGCCCAUACUCACAGGUACUUUCGUAGCCACUUAAAAGAGCAUGGACUCUGGAAUAAGCCUGAACUAGGUUCAAAUAUCUGGUCCCUCACCCCUGUCCUUGGGCAAACUCCUGACUCCUCAGUCUGAAAUGUGGAUAACAACCGGGACCUCUAAAGGGCUUUUUGAACAAUUACCUAACUUAGUUAAUAUUAAUCAAGUUCUGGGUAUUAGUAACAAAUUUUCAGUGGCAGGUUUCUCCAUGUCCUGCCCCUUGCUUAUGCUCACAAGAGAGAGCCUGUCAUCACGCGGGAACCUUCCUCAUAGGGCAUUUUCAGAGAACCAUCCCCUUAUGAGAGCAGGAUCUAGGGAUUGUCUCUAAGCAUUGGGUUACUUGACACUAAGCAAAAGGAUCAUUGAGGACUGCUGUGGUAUGAAUGUUUGUAUCCCCCCAAAUUGAUACGUUGAAAUCCUAACUUCAACAGUGAUGGUGUUAGAAGGUGGGGACUUUGAGAGAUGCUUAAGUCAUGAGGGUGGGGCCCUCGUGAAUAGGAUUAGUGCCUUAUAAACAAGGAUCCUGAGAGACCCCUUCCCUUUCCAUCAUGUGAGGAUACAAGUCCGCAUCCCAGAAGAAAGUCCUCACCUGACCAUGCUGGCACCCUAACCUCAGAUUUCCAGCCUCCAGAACUGUGAUAAAUAAAUUUCUGUUGUUUAUAAGGUAACCA